AUGGCGGAGGUAGCGAAUGGCUCUCCCUCGGGGCUUCCGGCGUCCCAAACAAGCGUCAAGGAAAAUGAUCCUCCUGGUUCGAUGCUGAUUGACUUAGACCCUUCUCUUGUUCUGGUUUCUGGGCACAGCGGCGAUCCAGCUGCGGUUCCCUCACCUGGAGUAUCAGUACCCGCAGCAGCCGUAGCAGCUGCUACUGCUGCAGCAACGACAGCAACAACAGGAGAAGCUGCUCAGGUGCUUGUGGCAGACGAUGCACGCGGCGCUGCAGCAGGUCGUCUGCUGUACGACAGACCGCGCAGCAGGAAGUUGAACCGCACCUCCAGCAAUCAAUGCCAUGUAGAUAUGGCUGGCUGGCUGCAGGCUUUCCCGCAUAUGACGAUGGAAGACUUGGGUCCUGGCUUCAGCGCCGACAGCUUUAUUAACAGUCAAGGUCUAAAGAUUGCUACUUAUGCUUGGAGGCAGCAGCAGAAGCAGCAGCCUCCAACCGCUGCAGUAGUACUUUUUCACUCAUAUACCUCAUAUGCGCUAUUUGACUUCCUACGCCACCAACCCCCAGACAGCAACAGCAACAACACCAACGGAAACAGCAGCAGCAGCAACGGCAACUGCAGCAGCAGCGGUCAGGCGCCGCAGCAGCUGCAGGAAGAGCCCAACUGGGUGCCUAAGUUUCGUGGGAGUUGGGUAGAGGCUCUGUACGGCCUGAAGAUGAAUGUGUAUGCUAUGGACCACCAAUCUCACGGGCGUUCAGAGGGGUGGAGGCAGUGGCGGUGCAAUGUGCCUAAGUUUGAUUAUUUCGUAGAUGAUGCUCUUCAGUUUCUGAAGGAGGUUGAAGGAUUAAAGCAAGAAUGGUGGCUUCUUUAUUCGAUGCCUCGAGGAAAAUACCCCGAAUUUUAA